UUCUCAAUUUCAAUAUUCUACUUUUUAUUUUCAUUACAAUUUUUAAUUAUUUUUUUUAUUUUUGGCAAUUUUCCUUAGAAUUUUUUAAAAAGUUUUUUUUUUUUUAUUUUUACCUCUCUUAUUCUACCACCUGUUUAUUCUUCUCAAUCGGUCAUUUAUUUAAUAAUUCACUUACCACCUUCUUUAACCACAAAAAUCCUUCAAUUUUUUACAUUAAUUUAUUUUUACUAAGAUUAAUUACUUUAAAAUUAUGUUUUUUAGUAUAUUUUUAAUAUUAAUUAAUCAUUUAAAAAAAGAAUUAAUCUUCUCCCAAUUAUUUUUAAAUAUUAUUUUAAAUUCAACAAAUUUAAAUGAAUUUAUUUCCUUUAAUUAACCUCUUUUAAAAUGUUCUACAAUUAUUUUUUAUUAUUUAUUAAACAAAUAAUUUAUUUAAUAUUUUUAAUUAAAACAAAUAUUUUUGUUUUUGGUAUGUUUAGUAAAUUUAAAAUAAGAGGGGGAAGGGGUAAUUAAAAUAUUAUAUUUAUUUAUCCUCUAUUUAAUAAUUUUUUUCAAAUCUUUGGCGAAUAUUUUCACCCCCAACAUUUUCUUUUCAAAAUAAUUAUUUUUUAAAUUUUUUUUAAUAAAUUUAUUUUUAUAAUUAAAGCAAUGACACAACCAUUUGAAUGUUAUUCUUGUAUGUCUUCCAGUUAUCAGGCAAAAUGGGGAUUUUUGAAAGAAAUGUAUUUUGCCCCAAAAAUGUUUGCCGAUGCCUGUGAUGCUCCAAUUCCUCGAAAAGGCCUUAUACCGACUGUUUUAUGUGCCUCAUUUUGUGUAUCAAUGUUAGAGCCGAGUGUUUUUGUUGGUUUUAAAUAUAUUCGUGGGUGUGGGGAUUUAAUUCUUCGACACGGAUUUAAUAAAACGGCUAUACAAAUACACAGAUUUGCACAAGUAGAUAAAUGCCGUCAAUUACCCCGCGCCCAUUUAUUUAAUCAGCCAAGGCAAUUAGAAGUGGCAGUUACAGGAAAUUUACAAUUAUGUACUUGUUAUGGUGAAAGAUGUAAUGGAGGGUCUUCCUCUGUUUUAAAAAGAGGAAAAAACUUGAAAUUUUUAAUUUUAUUUUCUUUAAUUAUUUUAUUUUUAAUUUCUAAAUAUUUAAGGAUUUAA